AUGUCUACGUCUUCUAGGAAAUCAAGAGGACCGGUGUUACCAAUAGCGUCGACUUUGCGGCGGUCGAUCUCGCCGUCCGGUCGGUUCUGCAAUUCGGCGAUGGCGAUGUCGAUGUCGGAGUUAUCGUCGUCUUUUACGUGCUCUUCGAAUUCACCGAGUGGCUUCUUCCAGAAUCAAAGGUCUUCCUCUCCGACGCGCGUGAACCUACACGCUCUGCCGUCUUCGUCACCGACGCCAUCCGUAAGGUUCUCCAUCAACAGAUCUGGCUCGCCGCGGCGUUCCAUGGCUGUAUCGCCACAGAAUCCGGUGGUACGAAAGCAUAAUGGUAACGGUAUUUCUUUGCAGAAGAGGACUUGCUUGUGCUCGCCUACCACGCAUCCCGGAUCGUUCAGGUGCGCUUUGCAUAAGAAUAACUUUGGUGGUGGUGGUGGGAAUAAUAAUUCCAUAUCAUAUUCGCCCUACCGGUUGAACGCUAGGAGAUCGGCGAUGACGAAUUCCCUGGUGCGGAUCGGGACUGUCGAAGCCGCGUCCAAGCCGUUUGUCUAUCAUGUCCAAAGCCGAGGAUCUCUGAGAAGUCGAGUACUUUUGGUUACAGCGUUACGUGUUCCGUCCUUGUAUUCAUCUCGGGUUAAGCUUGCUGGCACGUCGUCAUUGUUGUGGAUUGAAGACAAGGCAGUUUUCUAG